CGAGACAUCCGAUGAAACUCGAUUGACUGACCUGGUGUUAGCGAUCUGGUUUCGAGCCUGCCCAUAUCGUUCAGGUCGUUUGGACGAAAAGACCCCCGAAGUUUUGUCUCCACGACCCCAUCCCAAAAAAUCCUGCCAUAUAUCUACUCCGAUUGAAGCUCUCCCCCCCAAGAUGACCCCCUUCAUCUUGCUCAUUCUGGCGGUGGGACUCCAGGCCUCUGUCUCGAUUGGCUUUGAUUUGCCUUUGGUGCCGCAAGGUCUGACAAAGUCUUUUUGUCCCGACAAGGAGUUCUACUGUAACGAUGGCCAAACUUGUUGCGAAAUGACUCACGGCUUCGGAUGUUGUCCCAUGCCAAAGGCCACUUGUUGCAAAGAUAGGACGCAUUGCUGUCCUCAUGGGACCGUUUGCAAUACUAAAGCUGGAUCAUGUACGCAGUCUUUUGGGUUGUUCCAACAUGUGUUUGAGGUUCCUUCGGUUCGAUCCCCAUUGCAAAGAGACUCUCUAGAGGUCAGACCCGUGGUCGAAUCGCUGAAUGAAGUGGUUCUGACCAAUGGAACGGAUCUGAUUGCACGGGUCCGCGGUCAGGAUUGUGGCAAUACCCACGUGGAGUGCGAGGAUGGGCUGACUUGUUGUCCCUUUGGCAACACUUGUUGCAGGCGUAUGUCCGGGGAGUUUGCUUGCUGCCAAGUCUCGAAUGGAGUGUGUUGCGAGACACUCGACAAGUGCUGUCCAGAGGGCUUCACUUGCACUGGCAAUAUAAACGAAUCUUGCGCUUCCAUUCGAGCGAAUGAAAUCAACUAACUCUAGGAUUAAGCCAUGUGCGAAGCCGGAAUCAAGAUCGGAACAAAGCAAUCUCAUACAUGUGUAAAUACACUCAAUGUCAAAUAAAACCCACCUUCCACAUUGAGGCAAACAAGAAAUGCUACUUUUUCAUUACUAUAUUUAUUUCAACAAUCCCGUUUACGGAACAGAAACGCUCGAACCAUCACGAGCAGGAACUCCCAACGUCGUCUGUUUCUACUGCAAUUUCUGAGGAGGAUGGGUUUGGGGGCAAAAAUAUCCAAAUUCGAAGCCCAAAGACAACUUGGUCAGGAUUGCGAGGGUGGUGCAGAUGAAUUGCCAACCCCAAACAUGGCCUUCAUGGAUCGGGUCGGAGCAUGCGCAAUAUGGGACAAGGGGGAGCAUGUGGGAUGAUGGAACACAUUGUGGAAUCAAAAUGUUUUGGGAUGUGUUUUAAGAGCUAUUUCUUUUUACAACAUGGCGUGAAAAGUG